AGUGACAGACUGUCCCAUUAACUCCUCAUCUCUGCUGUAGGGGAAACGGUCGACAAGAGGGAUUGUUCUCUUAAAAGGGAAUCUUUAAUCAUGCGCCAUUUCUUGAAAGUGCUGAUUUCCAUUGUCUUGAUAAUCUUACUGUGUAGUGGAGUGGAAGGCCGUAAAGGAAAAAGACCCAAGAACAAAAAUAAACCUUCCAAACCUUCAGGUGGAUUGAAGAAUAAUGGAGAAGAAUGUGCACUUAUUAGUGGUAGCAGUAGAUUUCCUUGGGGACAUUGCGCAUUACCAGUUAGUUGCCCUGGGGAUAACAAACUAAACUGUGCCAAUGGUCUGCACUGCUGCAGGAACUGGACACCACACAGUGACGAGGGCAACAUUUCAGAGGAGGAAUAUUCGGCUUAUCUUAAACUUCGCGACAACCUGUAUCAUUAAGAGCGCGUCCAUUUGACCAGUGAAGACUUCGACAAAGCGAUCCGGUAUCCGAUUGAAAAAGGAGUAGAAAAAUAAGGGCAAUGGUGUUAUAAGACCAACGGGUUUAAAUCUUGGGAUUCAUUGUUGGUGUGAAUUUUCAUCCAGUUCUAAAAAUAAAACUGAUUAAAUUAUUACUUCUGUUUCUUUUAUCAUAAAUGCCCCGAGUGCUCAGUUUCAGUUGUUUCCAGGACUUCUUAACUUAUUCUAGAUAUCAUGAUUGGGAAUUUGUUAAAUUUACUUUUCAUUCCGAAUUUUAUGGCCUGAAAUGCCCAGUUUCUGCUAUGAGACGUAGCAUGAAUGAACUAGGAGUAUUUCUUCGCCCUCUAUCCCCCUUAAUGGAUGCUUGUCACGUCCCAGGUUGGAUCUUAACGUUCUUUGGCGGUCAGCUGGUACCUAUUUAUACUGCUAGAUGAAGAGAAUAUCAGGCCAUCUCACCUUCCACUUGUAACCAUAAAAACACUAAAAUGUCUUCACCCUCAGCCCCCUUAAUGACCUUAAUGGGAUGCUUGUCACGUCCAAGUUGGAUCUUAACGUUUUUUGUCAGCCGGUUCCCGUUUAUACUCCUAGAUGAAGGGAAUAUCAGACCAUCUCACCUCCCACUUGUAACCAUAAAAACACUGAAAUGUGUUCGCCCCUCGUGGUUAACCGUUGUCAACUGAAAACUCCAUUCAAUAACAAUAUCUUUGGACGAAGCUCGUUUCAGGAGCAUGCAGGGAUGGCGCAAUGCGUGGUGAGAGCAAUCCCCUCCAACCAAUGUGGCCCGGAUUUUGACGCCGGCCUGAGGCCAUAUAUGGGUUAGGUUUGUUGUUGGUUCCCAUUUUUUUACUUCAGUUAUUCCUCAGGUAGAACUUGUGACGAAACGUCAAGUUAAUAUAGUUUAGACCAUGCGUUGUCUAUUUGUAAUGUUUGUAACUGCUGUUCGUUUCCUUUCCUCCUGAAAUUUAAAUGCGUUUAUUGAAGUCGUUAGGCCUCGCUUAGUUCCCGGAAAAAUGCUACGGCCUGGGGCAGAUGUAGGAUUUUAGUGAAGGGGUGCGAGAUGCGAACCGGCGAUGGCGGUCCCCUGAAAGGUGGAUGGCGGUGGACAGCGUUAUCCAGCCUUUGAAAAACUAGUACUAGGGCCUAGGAACUUGCUUUGGCUAUCUAGGCGACUGAUU